AUCAAUAAACUUGCGUUCAGCCAGUGGCAGCAAAGGUGUUAGAAUGAAUAGGAAGUUACAAGAGGAAGUGUGAAAAAUAGACUGAAGGCAGCGUAAUGUUGAUGGUAAUCAUCAUGCUUCUUUACAGAGAAGAUGAAGAACUCUCUGCUGGCAGCUAUCUUUUUACUUGUUAGAGACUCCUGCCGCUGCGCGGACUGGGACUCUCCGUUCUGCCGGCAGCUCCCAGAUUGGGACAAUGAAUUGGUGUGUUACAAAGAAUUAAGUGAGGAUCUAACCUGUACCUGGCUGCCAGUACCUAGUGCUGCAAAUACAGUUAAUUAUACUGUAUACUUAAAAUGGAAUAAAAUACGAAAACCUUUUCAACGAAACACAUCAUCACCUUCCAUUACAAUAGAACGAAAGAAUCUCUACAUUGAAAGAUUUGUAUCUGUUUGGAUAGCAGUGAAUUAUGCCCAGGACACCUGUGCAAAAGGAAAGAACAUCUCAGUGUUACCAAGCAAAGCAGGAAAGUGCUUGUCACCAUCUAACAUAAACGCUUAUCAGAUCACAAACCAAUUGGUAAUAAAAUGGGACCUGCCCACAGCUCACACAAGAUAUGAGCUGAGAUACAGAGAGGCACUCACAGAACCUGCUCCAUGGACACUGGUGCCUCUAGGAAGCAAUGUUGACAACGUCACCAUUUCAAAUGUAAAUGCUAUGUCUUCGUACAUUGUUCAGCUCAGAUGCAUAACCAAGGAUGGUCUCAACUGUGUUUGCAUUUGGAGCAAAGACAUUUUGGUCCCUCACAAACUCAUGAACAAGCCAAGAAUAUCAUAUAAUGUAACUACACAAGUCUCUCCAGGAAGAAGAAGUGUUCAUCUGAAGUGGGAGGUAGCACAAAGUGAGAACGUCCUUGGAUAUUUUGUUAAUGUGGAAAGAAUACCCAACAGCUGCAGCCACCCACCAAAUCACAUCUCUCUCAAAGACAGAGAAAUUCUUGUUAAUAUCUCCAUGGCUAACUAUAGAGUUAAUAUUUCUGCCUAUAAUGAAGCAGGAGAAUCUCCACGAGCCAUCUACGUUGUCCCAGAAUUCUCUGUAACAGACUUGCCUGGUCAAAUCCAUGUCAAAAGCCAGGGAACUAAUGCAGUCGUCACAUGGACUCCAGAACACAAUCCAAAAUGUUUUGUGGUUGACUGGGGCACUGGUAAAGAGGAUAUGCAAAUGAAAAUAAUAACUACGGCUACGAGAAAUUUCACAUUAGACAAUUUUCAGCCAUAUAAGUUGUACAAAAUAAUAGUACAUUCAUCUGAUAUCUGUCAGUGUGAAAGUUUCAUAAGAGAUGAAACGACUUUUGGAGUGACCCACUUUUACUCCGUUGAAGGAGUUCCUAGGACUGGUCCCGCCAAUGUGACAAUUCUGAAUAUCACAAAGCAUUCUGCACUUGUGAAGUGGACCAAAAUAGCUGCAGAAGACCAUUUGGGCUUUCUCCAGGGAUACAGGAUCAGUUACACAGAUUCAUCAAGGAAAAGGUCUCCAGCUGUUACUCUCAACUCUUCCAUCACAAAUUACCAUCUUACUGGACUGAAGGAAAAGACCACCUAUCGUGUGCAGAUUUCAGGAUUCACUAAUGCUGGAGAAGGACCUCUGACUCUUUCACAACCUUUCAGCACUCCAAAAUAUGAUAAAGGAGAACUUGAAGGUUUUGUCAUUGGUCUUUGUUUCAGCAUGAUACUCAUUCUGGUUUUUGCACCUCUGACUUGUUCUCUGGUGAUUAAAAGGCUGAAAAUAUUGUACUGGCCCAGUGUACCAAGCCCAAGAAACAGCAGUGCACUCCAAGAUAUGACUCAUUGGAAACCUGUUACAAGGUCCCUGCUUCAGGCCCUGUCAGACAAUGACACCACCAGCCUUUUUGUUAUAGAGCAUGAGUCAAAGGCACCUCUGAUGCUAGACCUCUUCACAGAUGGAGAAGACAGCAAGCACGACAGCUGCCAGUCAGAAAAACCUAGCAAUAACAUACACCUGAGCCCAAGGCAUGAGGAAAUCCCCUCAGAAGCAGUUACAAGUGAAGAAGACACCAUUUCCACUGAAGUACCAUUCCUGAGUGACUAUGCCAGCAUGGAGUUUAGUCAGAAAGCCCUGAUGAGUCUGGCAGUGAGCAUGCCUGAGAGAACUGCUCAUCCUCAUCUGGAAAUGGAACUAAGCAGUAAGCCAGCACAAACUAAGCAUAAAGUUUUGUCUGCCUCCCAGGACUACCUCAAACAAAGCCAGGUGGUACUUUCGUCAUCUGGACCAAAUUUCAUGGGGCAAGCCAAUUAAACCUGAAGUAUCUUCAUUUUUUUCCUUCCCAUAAAAUUAAGUUCCAAAUCUUGUUAUACUUCAGUGGAGCCACUAGGACCAUAUGGGACAGUGAGCUUGUGACAACAGUUAUCUCCACUAUGGUAAGUUUCCUUGGUGAAACAGAUUGAUUAUACGAUUAGAUUAGCUAUUUCACCUCAGUCAUUCAGUGGAAAGUCCCACCACCUUCACACGGGAAAAAACUUCCACUGACUUACGUGGAAAAUCUUUCAGGAAAGUACCUCUUGCUUGGUAUUUUGUUCCAGGGCACUCAGGAGCCAUUCCAGGCUUCCACUUGAAGUACAGUGUCAUUGUAGAUAUCAGAAAAAUUCUCUAUUCACUAUGACCAGCUUAGAUCUGAUUUUCAGAUCUCAUAAUUUCUUCAGAAAAAAAAGAAAAGAAAAGAAAAAAAAAAAAGCCCCAGCAGAAAUAUCUACCACUCCAAAGAAGCUCUUCAGUUGGUCAAAACUGGCGAAAGAAAUUAGUUCAAAUCUUUCAAAUUAAGAAUCAAAAGUUUGUUUAUUGAUCUAUGUAAAACACCAUUAGUGCUCUACAUUCUAGAACUUCUUGAGUCAUUGUAGAUAAAUAGUGCUGCAUAAGUGAAGAUGAUAAGUUUCAUUAACAGUAUUGGAGUUGUUACUUGUAUUAAAUUAAUGCUUUUUCCUCCUACAAUUGCCUGCACAUUCAGAAAAACCCAGCCAUCAUUUGUGAUGAGGUGUAGGUACAGAUAUGUUUUCACUCUGCAAUGACAAUAACUGUUAAACAGACUCCAGGAGCUGAACAGAUAUUUCAAGUAGCUAUACCUCCAAAAGACUGCAUGGAAGAGGAGCCACUGGAAUACAGGGGAUAAAAGGGUCUUCUUCAAUAUGCUUUCUGUGAGACUCCAUCAUGCAUCCACAAUGAAAGGUGUCUGAGCCAUUUUCUGGCCUACAAGGGUUUCUCAGUCAUGAACUCUGCAGGAACUAAUGGUCUGCACUUACUGUAGAAGAUCCAGUUUAUUGUUGUUGCCUCAAGUUAAAGGAGCAUUAUAUUAAAACUGCUUUGUGGAGAAAGAAAUGGAUCAACUGUAUCCGAAGCACCAGAGAAUCCACAGAUGGACAUUUUUUAAAAUUCUGUCACUAAAAGUGAAGGAUGAUUAGCAUUCAUACAAAUAUUUCCACUCAUACUGGGCAGUAUCAAUUAUAGAAAACUCAUUCUUGCAAAAACUCAGAGAAAUUCCAUAUCCCCACUUCACUGAUUUAGUGAGAAUCCAUAACAAAACCUAGUUCACUAAUUUUCCUUAUUUAUAUUCUCUCUUUAACUUCAUCUCUCUAUAUCUGUUAAGAGUGCCAGGAACAAACCUGUAUUUCACUGUGGGUUAUGCAGUGUGUUUUUUCUUAGCAGUUACAAUUCAUUGUCCUCCCACACAGCAAUGUGCAUUUAUGGUUGUUAAAUCUUAUAAUUGAAACAAGGGGUAAGAGAAUCACUCCCCAGAGAUCACACAAGUUUGGACAGUCUUUUAAAUAUCUGUCUUCUUUUUUUGAACUUUAAUCUGGUGACUUUGCCUGAUUUGAAUUUAAGAGAAUGCAAAUGUCCUGAUAUUAGUGGAGCUAUUUUUACAUGUGAUAUCUAGCAGUGGUGUUGAAAUGCUGUUACAGACAAUGAAGUCCUAACACAUAGUCUUUAUCAAGGAGCCAUACCAUAAUUCAUCCAUUUUCAGAAUAUAAGAAUUAUCCAUGCUCCUUACUUACAGUAUUUCUUCCAUUUCUGGUUAAAGAAACUUAUUUGCCUGGUGCAGUUUGCACCUUCCAUAGGUUUACUUAUCCCUGUAAACACUGAAUUCUUCUUCUCUUACGUAUUAUUCUGUUAUGGAUAAAGUAUGUAUAAGAAAGUAAGUAGAACCAAAGCAAAGGCUUGCAAGGAGUUUCACUACAUGAAACAGCCUUGACACAAGAAACUGACCAGAUAAGCUUGGGCUUUUAACUUGGUGAUUAUCAGCUCCACCAUACUAGCCAUUGUCUGACAUCUUGCUGAAGAAAAUUCAUAUAGCAGAACAGGACAAACUAGAAGUACCCAUGGAUAUUAAACAGAAGGUAUAGAUGUAGUCUAUUUUCAGUUAUAAAGCUCACAAUAUAUGUAAGUCUUACGUGAUGUCAUUAGAGCAAUAUUUGCAAAACCACUGCACACAGUACAUUUGGAAGAAUAAGAGAUACACGAAAAAUCCUGGUGCAGAGUUUAGAUACAAAUUAAGAACUCAUCCCAUCAUGAUGUACCCUUUGACAGCAAAGAAGGAACAUUUUAUGUGAAGAGAAAUAGAAGAGUACAUUUGCUAAAUAGUUUCAUGAAGCCAAAAAGGAGGUUUAGUUAGAAUAAUGUACUUACUUUGGGACACAGUAUUAGGAGACAUACCAUGCUCAGGUCUUCAGGUUAGAGAAAAAGAGAUUUCUGUGGUUUUUGGUUUUUUUGGCUGGCUCUUCUGUGGAGAUUUUUAGUUCAGUUAGAAGAGUCCUACAAGAAUCAUCUAGUUGUACUUCUCUUCAGGCAGUAUAAAAAAAUGUGUGCAUAUACUGGUAUAUAGUGACUGCAGAAGCCUUCCUAUAAAAAUAAACAUGUAAGAUAGUUUGUUCCAUGUGCUAUAGUACUGUUCAAGUGGUUUGUGUAGUGUUUUUAGCUUCAAUAUUCUUAGCUUCAAUAUAUGUUAUAUUGAGUGAAUUUGUGGAGAUAAAGGCUCAGGACCACGAAAGAGAAGGUAUUUUAUAAUUAAAUUUUUGCUUUUUUUCACAGUCAGCAUAGCUCUGGAUGAUCACUGUCAGCAUUAGUGAGAAUUUAGACAUGGUAAAAACUUAGACAAUUGUAGACCUGGAGGCACAUCAGCAUAGUGAUUUAUAGUGUGGGAUAUUAUACUGUAAGGUUACAGUACUUUAGUGUUCUGUAUUUACAGAGAAGGGAAUGUAAUACUCAGUCUCUAAUAUAGCACAAAGCUAGGUUAGUACACGUGUAUUUUUCUGGUAUCCAGAGUAGAUGUUUUUUCUUGCAUGGACAUGAAGAUUUUUUUUAUUAUUAUUUUAAUUUUUUUAAUAAUAUUUUUACUUAGUGCCUGAAGUCAGACCACAGUAGUUAACCAUGAAAAUUAACAGUGUCAGAGACAAAAAAAAACAAGUGCUGACCCUGGAACAGGAGACUGCAGCAACCACAAUAUUGUAGAGGUUUAUUCUGUAUUAGUUAACAAAUUAAUAAUAAUAUCUCCAAGUAUCUCCAAAUUCCCCCAGAAUCUAAGCCUUUGAGGUACUGUGACAACCCUUAAAGCCACUUUUAUGGCACAGUAGUAGCUGCACUCGAGCAGAAUUGUCUGGAAAGCAGAGAACACAGAGGCUUCCUGUCAACCCAAAUCAACUGCAGUUAUUGCUAAAAAACUGUCAAACAAUGAAGCAUUUCAUAAAGGACCUCUAGUUACAGAAGAUGCUCUUGACUCUGUGUCACAGACUCUUGGUUUGCCUGUUUCUCUCUCUCAAUGGCAAUGUAUGUCUGCUGCCUGAAUGAUGUUAAAUGUGUUCUGGUACAAUAUUGGUGCAAUUUGUCUGAACCUGGGUAAUAAAA